AGUCGUUUUGUUUAUGCCGUGUGGUGAACACGGAUAACUUGUGAUUAAACUACAGAAACACGGAAUAUUCGCAGAGGGAGUUUUAUCUUUGUAUAAUUAAAUAUUAAUUUAAACCUUUAAUGUUGUCUGGACGCCUCGGGCUAGCUUAGCCGUUAGCUUAGCCGUUAGCUUAGCCUGGACACCGGUCAGAAGAAGCAGCUUGACGCGGUGGAGUCCAACAUGGAGGACAUGUACAUGAAACCAGGUAACCAGGAGCGGGGUUGGAACGACCCCCCUCAGUUCUCUUACGGCCUUCAGAUGGCCCGCGGACCACAGAGGAACCUCCUGAACAAGAGAGCAGCUCCAGGUACAGGAUCCCCACCCAUGACCCCUCCCUCCUCCAGUCCUCUGGCCCCACCCCCGAGUGGUGUGGCCCCGCCCCCUCUACACCCAGCUCGUCCUCCUCUGGGCUGUGUGGUCACACCUCCUCCCCCUAUGGGACCAAUGAGAAGUCAGAGAGAGGCCGACAGCAGCCAAUCAGAGAGCGAGCCUGAUGUAGAGGGCGUGGUGUUGGUGUUGACCCGAGCGCUGGCUGCCUGCAGACACACAGUUAAAGACCAGGUGUGUAACGAUGUGGCAAAGAGGCUCCGCCUCCUGGAGGACAGCUGGAGGUCAGGUAGACUCAGCCAGCCUGUGAGGAGACGCAUGCACACCCUGUCUCUAGAGCUACAGUCGGGUCACUGGGACUCAGCUGAUGAGAUCCAUCGCUCUCUGAUGGUCGAUCAUGUGACCGAAGUCAGUCAGUGGAUGGUCGGAGUAAAAAGACUUAUCGCUGAGACCCGGAAACUGAGUCCAGAACUCUUAGAACCACUUCAGAAAGGACCAGUCCAGGAUCCAGUAGUACCAGUCCAGGACCCUGCAGAACCAGUCCAGGAUCCAGUAGUACCAGUCCAGGGCCCUGCAGAACCAGCCCAGGACCCUGCAGAACCAGUCCAGGACCCUGCAGAACCAGUCCAGGAUCCAGUAGUACCAGUCCAGGACUGUUAAUCCUGCAGAAAUCAGCAGGUUUCUUUCUACAUUCAGCAAACUUUGACUCUUUAAACCAAAACCAGGACCUGGUGAUAAUCCUCACAUUUGUCCUCACACCUCAGCAGAGGGUCAAAGGUCAGACCUACAGGAAGAAGUAGGGGGUCAGUGGUUUCCUCAAAGACACCAUGUGGAUACAACUCUGGCCUAGACUGUUUUUUACGUCUGGACUCUGGACUCUGUAGAUCAGGUGUUUUCACACUGUGAGGCUCCUCUCCAGCAGGAUGAGGGAGAAUUAAAAACCCUCUCGAGACUCUGGUUUCUAGACUCUGGGUCCUAUACUGUAGAUUGUGGACUCUGAACCCUGGACUGUAUACUCAUGACUCUGGACUUUGGACUCUGAACUCAGGACUCUAAUUUCUGGACCCCAUACUCGAGACUCUCGACUCUCGACUCUGUACUUGAGACUCGGGACUCUGGACUCUGACCUGGACCCCAUACUCAAGACCAUGGACUCCAGACCCUAUAUUUGAGACUCUGGACUCUGACCUGGACCCCAUACUCAAGACCAUGGACUCCAGACCCUAUAUUUGAGACUCUGGUCUUUGGCUGACCCUUCAGUCACCUUGAACACCCAUUUAUUCUCUCAGCAGACUUGUUGUAAUCCCCCCAGAUCAGUCCUAGUAACCUAGCAUGACCCCCGUAUGUCUGUCCUCUUUCUGGACUCUCCACCUGUCAAUGAUCUGAAGUCAUGUGACAUAUCAACCAAUCACAGCAGAGCUCUAUGCAUCAACAGCAAACCUCAGUUUAAAGGCUGCGACUGUGACGAUGUGGAUCCUGACCUUUACUCUCUGUUAUCAUGACGGAUCUGACACGAAUAAAUCUGUUUUCCUUUCUUUCUACA